AUGGAUUCCUGCUCCAAUGAUGUCUGUCACGGCGGUAAAGAUGAAAGCUCAGCACAGGUUCAUCGGGGUCGAAAGAUGGUGAGCCGAGGACUUCUUGGCAUAAUCGAACAGUCUUCACUCCGCGGCAAUCCUGCUCCAGUUUCACGGAUUCUUUCUAACCAACUUUUCAUUCGAAAUAUGCGACUCGCCGGUGAGGCGACGAUUUGUGACAGCCUGGUUCGUCAGGAAGAUGGCGACUCGUCUCCAGUUGUCCUGGCGAUAAGAUCGUCUGCAGCAAAUUGGCCAUGUCAAGCGACGGGUCCAAGUGACUCUGACAGUCUGGGAGGGAGGGGUGGUCCAUCGGCAGAGUGUGACUUCGACAUCUGCUAA